UUCAACGUAUAGCAUAUUGACUAGUUGUAGCAAUGUUAUAGAGCUUUUAAACCUAACCAUGACUGCCAUAGGAAUUGAUUUGGGAACAACCAAUUCUUGCGUAGCUGUUUACAGGAACAAUCGAGUCGAAAUAAUAGCAAAUGAUCAAGGCAGUCGAGUAACACCAUCAUGGAUUUCAUUCACGGAUUCGCAAAAAUUGGUUGGAGAAGCGGCGAAGGAGGAAGCAUCAAUGAAUUGCGAAAAUACUUUAUUUCAGAUCAAACGUUUGAUUGGCCGCAAGUUCAACGAUCCAACGGUUCAAGAGGAUAUGAAGCUAUGGGGAUUCAGAAUCGUCGAAGUGGGUGACAGACCAAAAUUGCAGGUAACAUAUAAAGACGAAGUUAAAACGUUUUUCCCCGAAGAAAUAAGCGCCAUGGUUCUGACCGAAUUGAAGGAAGCGGCUGAAGCGUACAUGGGAGAAAAAAUCACUGACGCCGUUAUUACGGUCCCAGCCUACUUCAACGACGCUCAACGAACAGCCACUAGAGAUGCUGGAAGAAUCGCUGGUUUGAAUGUUCUAUCGAUGAUCAAUGAACCGACUGCAGCUGCAAUUGCAUAUGGCCUGGAUAACAAAAGCAAUGAGGAACGAACCGUGUUGAUCUUUGAUCUUGGUGGCGGAACAUUCGAUGUAACUAUCGCAACAAUCGAGGAACAAAUAUUUGAUGUCAAAGCAACUGGUGGGAACACUCAUCUCGGAGGUGAAGAUUUUGAUAAUCGAAUGGUUGAUCAUUUUGUUGAAGAGUUCGGUGAUAAGCAUGGAGUUGAUAUGUCAACUAACAAACGAGCUGUUAGUCGACUGAGAGUGGCAUGCGAAGCAGCAAAACGAAAACUUUCUGUGUCUACCAGUGCAAAAAUUCAGCUUGACGGACUGUUUAUGGGCUUGGACUUCAGAAGCAAUAUCAGUCAAGCAAAAUUUGAGGCCAUGAAUGCGGAUCUGUUUGAUAGCACGCUCACUGCUGUUAAAAAUGUUCUUUCUGAUGCCAAAGUGAACAAAAACCAGAUUGACGAUAUUGUCCUUGUAGGAGGGUCAACUCGGAUUCCAAAAAUUCGAAAACUUCUGCAAGAUUUCUUCGAGGGAAAAGAGAUAUGCAGAAAAAUAAACCCAGACGAAGCAGUAGCAUAUGGAGCUGCAGCAUUAGCUGAAAACAUCAGUUCAGGAGGAUCUGAAGUGAAAGAGCGUUUCCAACUCCUGGAUGUAACUCCACUCUCGAUUGGAACUGAUGUUGGAGUGUCGGAUAUGUUUGUUGUUAUUCCAAGAAAUACAAAGAUUCCGACAAGAAUGACGCAAAAUUUCAUAACUUCUGCAGACAACCAAACCGCUCUUAGUUUCAAGGUGUAUGAAGGUGAAAGACCUUGCAUUCACGACAAUCACCAUCUUGGAACAUUUGUAUUAAGAGGAAUUACACCUGCACCGAGAGGCGUUGCCAGCGUUCAAUCAGUCUUUGAAAUUGACAGAUCCGGAAUUCUGAUUGUAACAGCCUACGACCCAAAGUCAGGCAGCGAAAACAAAAUAAAAAUAACUAAUGACGAGAAACUGAUGGCAAAGGAUGAAAUAGAAAAAAUGAUCGCUGCGGCGGAAAAAUUCAGAAUGGAAGAUAUGGAAUGGAAAGAGAAGAGUGCAGCAAAGAACGAGUUAGAGGAUUUAGUUUACAAAAUCAAGCAAAUCGUUCAAAAAGACACAACCAGUGUAAGCCCUGGUGACCAAGAGAAAAUUCUGAAAAAAUCUCAAGCAGCUAUGGAUUGGGUUAAAGCAUACAAAAAAAUCGAAAGUCAAAGCAUACGUCAGAGAACAAAUGAACUGAAAGAUGUUUUGAACCGCAUGCAUGAAAUUUCGACAGAUUGACAAGAAGUCUGGAUCAAAGGGAAGAUGAAGUUGCUGAGAGUUUGAAACAAAGCUCGUUGCUUCAUUCAUUUUUUAUGUAUAAUGUGUAUAUCAUGCUUUGAAUAUCUGUUGUAUUUGUGUAUGUAAAGCUUUCUUGUUUGCUUGUAAAUACAAAAUAAAAUCC